AUGAAGAGACAGCAACUUGAUGCCAGUGGUUCCUUUCACCAACAAAAUGCUGCCGUAGUGGAGGCAUCAUUUCUUGUAUCCCUUGAAAUAGCAAAGAAAAAGAAGCCUCACACAAUUGAGGAGGAAUUAAUUUUGCCAUGUGCCAAAACAAUGGUAAAGCUUGUUUUGGGUGAGAAAAGUGCUGAAAAGCUGAAUGCUAUUUCACUCUCAAAUAAUAAAGUGCAACGCCAAAUCUCCCAAAUAUCUGAUGACAUCAAAGAGCAGGUGAUACAGGAAAUUAAAAGAGGUGGAUUAUUCAGUAUUCAACUCGAUGAGUCCACUGACGUCCAGUCCUGCUCACAGCUCCUGGCUUUUGUAAGGUAUGUUCAUGAUGAGGAUCUGAAGGAGGAAUUCUUGUUUUGUGAGCCUCUUGAACAAUCUACAAAAGGUGAAGAUGUAAUGCAGAAACUUACAGAAUUCUUUGAAUCUGACGGUCUUGACUGGGGCAAUCUCUGUGGGAUAUGCACGGACGGGGCUCCAGCCAUGUUGGGUUCAAGACUCUGCCGAGAUAUGGAUGCAGCUCAUGAGACCCUCCUAUUUCAUACAGCAGUUCGCUGGCUAUCAAAAGGAAAUGUAGUUCAGUGUGUAUUUGAGCUCAGAGAAGAGAUCAGCCUCUUUCUCAGAAUACAGAACAAGCAAGAUUUGCUGUCAGCAUGGUCAGCAGAUAGCUUCGAAAUAUGGCUAGCCUAUCUUGUUGACAUAUUUAAACAGUUGAACACACUGAACCUGGAACUCCAAGGGAAAGGAAGCUUGAUAAUCGAUUUUGUGGACAAAAUCAAAGCUUUCAUUCGUAAGAUGGAGAAUUGGAGGCGCAAAGUUGGAAUGGGAAACUUGGCAAUGCUGGAGACAGUGUCAGAAAUUGUAGAGGAGUGUGAUGCUGCUAUGCAGAACUUGAUUACCCAACAUCUUGAGGCCUUGGAAGGGGAAUUUAAAAGAUACUUCCCAGAUAUCCAAAGCCUAACUUUUCGGCUAGUAAGGGCCCCCUUCACUGCUCCAGUGACAUGCAUUCCUGGUGACAAUGAUGAUGGCCAAACUGAGCUGUUGACACUUCAGGAGGAUUCAGGAGCUAAGAUGAAGUUUGAAACUGAAUCUCUCACAGUAUUUUGGUCAUCAAUGGCAGCUUCAUACCCAAACUUAUGUGACUUAGCUUUUCGCCACCUCCUACCAUUUUCAUCAACUUAUACCUGUGAGGCUACAUUCUCUCAACUACUCCACAUUAAAACGAAAUAUCACAACAGACUUGAAGUGAAGCAUGACCUACGGUGUGCUUUAAGUGAAACAAAACCAAGAAUCAAGAAGCUUGUUGAUAAUCUGCAACAUCACCCUUCACACUGA